UGACUGAAUAUGUGUAGAUAUUAUGCUAGUGUCAAACAAGACACACCACUACAUCUUCAACAAGCAACCACCUGCAUUCUGUGGCUGCAAUUCGAGAGAGUGAAAAAAAUGGAUAUUCGAGCGAUAACCGUCGGUAGCCUGACGUCAUCAUGGAGGAACCAAAAACCUCCUAAAACCUGCUACUGCUCCGGCAGAGAUCCACGCCCACCGUCGCCUCAGAACGGCGACGAUCGGAGCAAUAACAACAACAACAACAACAACAAAGAUAAGUUUUCAACAGAUUGGGAUAAGGCAUGGUCAAGUUUCAAAAAGCAAGGGAAGAAGAGUCUGUUAUCACAGUUUACCCCAAACAAGUAUGUGAGUUGGAACCCGAGGCGGUCCAACUACCCGUUAUCCGAGGAGACGGACCCCAUAAAAAGAGCAGAGAGGUCAAAUUUGCAGUUAUGGACUGGCCCGGGGUUCACUCUGGGGGGCGCGAUUGUCAUUGUGACCUUUCUUUUGGUAUACACCAUUCUUUCUCCUUUGAAUUAGAUGAUGAUACUGUGGUUUCCUAUGGUGGUGGUGUACAUAGUUCAUGGAAAUUGUUGUGCUGGAAUGUCUGUCUUAACUUGCAAGUUGCAACUAUUUACAUCCAACCAUAUAUGUAUUUGUAAUAUGAAGUUGGAAACUGAUAAUUUAAAUUAGAAUUGUACACAAGUCGAUUUUCGUGUU